GUGAGCACGCACGGGCGGAGGGAGGGGAAUCAGGACUUGGGCCGGGCGAGCAGAUAAUAGGGUUCAGCUCAGCAUUGCGCUGCCAGCCGCGCUGCUUUCCUUCUGGCUCACCUCUCCUUCUCGCUCUCCUCCUGCAUUGCCCCCUUUGCCCCCCAGGACGAUGCUGUUAUCGGGGCUGUUCCUGUUGCUCUGCUCGCUGUCGCUGUGCCCGGCGGUGCUCGGUGCUGCGCGGCCGCAGCUGCUGGUGGAGAGAAGCGGCUCCAGGAUGCUGCGGGAGGUCGGUGGCUUUUCCUGGGAGGACUGUGGUAAUGGGCGGGAUCCCGUCGUGCUCCGGAGCCUCUCGGUGGCACCCGACCCCAUCAGCAUCCCGGGGACCCUGCGCAUCAGUGCGGCUGUGAGCAGCAGCAAGGCCAUGGCAUCCCCCCUGAAGGCGGUGCUGGUGGUGGAGAAGGCCUUGGGCGACCUCUGGAUCCAGCUGCCCUGCAUCGACCAGAUGGGCAGCUGCACCUACGAUGAUGUGUGCACUGUCCUCGACAACAUCAUCCCACCUGGCACAGCCUGCCCGGAGCCGCUGCUCACCUACGGCAUCCCCUGCCACUGCCCCUUCAAGGCGGGCUCCUACUCACUGCCUGCCAGCGACUUCACCCUGCCCGACGUCGAGCUGCCCUCCUGGAUGACCAACGGCAACUACCGCGUGCGGGCGGUCGUUAGCAGCAAGGGGCAGGAGCUGGCCUGUGUCAAGCUGGGCUUCUCCCUGCAGUCCCACUGAGGGGUUGGGGGCAUCCCUCCUCCUCUCCCCACUGCCUUUUUAAUUCAUCUCAUUCCACCCAUCCCAUCCUCAUCCCUUCUCCAUCCCAUCCCGCAUCUGCUGCCCUGUCUGUCCGUACACCUCCACCACCCCAUCCCUCCCUGUGGUCCCAAGCUGACACUUGAAGCAGGAGGAGAGGAAAGCUUUGGGUGGGCUCAGGAGCUCUGCUCAGCCCUGUACCUGCAGGGUCAGAGAGAGUGCUGCCAGAAGGAGGUCCCCACUGUGUACCCACCCCAUGAACCCUCUCCUACCAAGCACAGAAGGUCUCCCCUUGCUUUCCCUCUGUCCCUGACCCCACCACCAGUGUCCCCAGCCUGGAAUGGGGUGGCUUUGGAGCCUACCCCCAGCCUUUUGGGGUAACAUCUUUCUACUCUCUUACCCCUCUUCUUCUUUUUUUUUCUAACUUAAUCCCAUCAUGGGGUUUUCAGAUAAAAGCAUUCCAAGGAAAAGCAAUACUUCAUGAAGGUGGAAAGGAGGGAGAGUGUGGGGAAUGCAGGGGCUGGAGGGGUGCAGGGUGAGCUGUGCAGGUGUCCUCACCCAUCUCUACUGAAGCACAGAUGCAGGUCCCGCUCAUCUCAUUUUGCCACUGGGACCGAGCUGCAUCAGGGUGCUGCACCCCAGCACAGGACCAGCAGCCCAGGUCCUAUGUGGGGGCCUCUCAGCCUGGCUGACACUGCUGUGAUCCCCUCCUCCCCCCUAUGCCUGUAUCAGCUCUGGAGGUGCAGGUGACCCAUCGCCACCACUUUCAUCACUCCCUGCCCAGCACCUUGUAGGGUUGCUCUUCCUCCCAGCUUUGUGUGUGCCUUAAUGGAGCAAUGGGAGGCACAUUGCCUGCAGCUGUGCUCCCUGUGCUCUGAGCUCUCCCCAUCUCACCCUGCUGCUGCUGGUGCAGCAUGGGGUCAUUCUGCUUGGAGGAGAGCUCACCUUCCCACCCUGCUCUUGCUGCUUCUCUGCUCACAGCCCAAUGGCUCCCUCCUUUCAGGCAGGUUCCUAAUAAAUCUUUUUACCAGA